AUGCAGUGCUCGCUCCUGCUGCUCGCCCUGCUGCUGGGGGUUGCACUCCCACAGCCCUUGCGCCAAAGCUACUCGGUCCCUGAAGACUUCUCUGCUCCUCUGGAGCUUCCACGGCAGCAUUUUGGCCUGGUGGAUGCCCGGGAGCGGCCAGCAGGACUGCGCAGAGCUGGCAAAAGCAAGCGCGACGAGCUUGACUUGCUGGAGUACUACUACGAUGCCCGCCUAUGA